AUGAAUGAGUACGAACGCAUCAAAGCUAACUGUUUGCAGCGUCGGGAGCUGUGGGAGGACCCAGACUUCCCUGCAACACAGACCUCUGCCUUCUAUUACCAAAUGCCGCCUUUUAAAUUCGAAUGGAAAAGAGCUAAGGCGUUGUAUGGAAACCCGACGUUUAUUCUCGACAAUUGCAACACAUUUGACGUAAUCUCCGGGCAAUUGGGCGAUAAAUGGCUUCUAUCGUGUAUGGGAGUGCUUUAUCUGUGCAAGGGGUUAUUCUGCAGAGUAGUGUCGUCAGAUCAAAAAUUAGACUCCAAUUACGCUGGAAUAUUCAGGUUUCGACUCUGGUGGUGCGGACAAUGGGUUGAGGUAUUAGUUGAUGAUCGAUUACCUAUUGUCAAUGGUCAGCUGGUUUUCAUUCAUUCAAGUCGCACUGAGCAGCUCUGGCCCGCGUUACUAGAAAAAGCCUACGCUAAAAUGCACGGAUCCUACGAAGCUCUUAAAUACGGCAAUUUGCUGGACGGCCUUGCAGAACUGACUGGAGGGAUCACAGAAUCCAUGCUGCUAUCAGAACUUAGUGAAAUUAAUCUUAUCAAUUUAAUGAAAACCAGCAGUAUAGUUACAGCAUGUCGAGUACUACAAUCUGUUACUCAUAACCUAACUACUAUUGAAUCGGGAGUGAACUACAGAGUCUAUGCUGUGGAAAGGGUAGAUUCCAAAGAUGGUCCAGUAUACGUAGUGAGAAUAGGAAAACCGCCAGCUCCCGGAGACUCUCAUAUAACUCAUCUCAUUCUAGACGAAGCGCAGUGGGCCUCAAUACCCGAAUACGAGAAGAAUCGGCUAACCUCAUAUACCAAGGGUUUUUGGAUGCUGUUCUCCGAUUUCAAAGAUACGUUCACGAGACUUGAGAUUGUUCACUUAGACUUGGAAUCAAGUAAAGCGGAGUCGUCACUAUCGGAUAAACUCAAGUGGCAAGUGAAAACUCAUCAAGGCAGAUGGAAAAAAGGGGUUACCGCUGGUGGUUGUCGAAAUCACAUUAAUUUUUUUCACAUGAACCCACAAAUACAGUUGGAUUUACAUGAGCCAGACACAGUUAUUAUAUCGUUGAAUCAGCACAGUAUAAUGGAGCCGAAGGUGAUUGGAUUUAGCAUAUACAAGUUACCCAAAGGCCUUACUGAAACUGCUUCAGCCUUUUUCUUUAAAAAAACGAAGAGUUCUAUUAACUCCCAGUAUACCAACAGUCGGCAAGUCAGCAAGAGGUGUCACAUGACCGCUGGUUCGUAUUUAGUAUUACCAACAACAUUCGAACCAAGACAAGAAGCAAACUUUUCGCUCAGAGUAUACUCAAUAAAGCCCCUUAAGAUGACUGUAUUAGAUUGCACCCCACAAAUGUUGAAAGCAGCUUUGGUAAAGGCACCAAUCGGCGUGGAGCUAAGCAGUUUUGCACAAUACGAGUCUCAAUUCUUGCAACUAGCCGAUGAACAUAAAACCAUCAACGCCUUCGAGUUACAAGAAUUGUUGGAGAGAUGUUUGCCCAACGAUUACAUUAAAAGCUGUGCAACGAUUGAAACCUGCAGACAAAUAGUUUUGUCAAUGGAAAAAGACGGCACUGGCCGUAUAACUCUUGUUGACUUCAAAGAUCUCAUCUGCAGCCUAAAACACUGGCAAAAUGUGUUUCGUGAACACGCACCAGAAAAGAUGGGAGUCCUACGCGCUGAAAGGCUAAAAGAUGCAUUAAGGGAAGUCGGAUUUGUAAUACCCGAAAGAGCGCUGACCCUACUUGUGCUGAAAUAUAUGAGAAAGGACGGCAUGUUGAGAUUUGGAGACUUCGUAUCCGCGGUCGUUUUAUUGCAUAGAGCAUUUCUGGUUGAAGACUGCCUUGACUUGCUAACGUUGAAGAAUCCACUUAAUAUAUGA